AUGAGUAGCGAUUCUGAAAACUAUUAUUAUAAGAUAAACAAUGAUAAUAAUAGUAGAAAAAAAAGAAAAGAAAUCGAAGAAGAUCGAUUAAAAAAAAGUAAGAGGCACUAUGACGAAACAGAUAAUAGAAAGGACAAUGAUUAUAAUAAGGAAAAACACAGAGGAGAGAAAAUAAAAGAUUACGAAAAAGAAAUAUAUAAUCGUCAUAAAAAAAAUAAAUACAAUAGUUAUGAAGAAAGAGAAAGGAAAAAUUAUUAUGAUAGACGAAGUAUUGAAUCAUACAAAAGUAGUCAUGUAAAAAAUUAUGAAAAAAAAAAAUAUGAUGAAAAAGACAAAUAUGAGUCGAAAAAAAGUGAAAGGGAAAAAAAACGUCAUAAAAAAGAAGAAGAUGAAAGUGAUGAAUAUGAACGAUACGAAGAACUGAAAUAUAAUAAAAGAAAAAGUGAUGAAAAAAUUAAAAAAAAAGAAAAAAAAAAAGAAAAAAAAAAAGAAAAAAAUUAUCAUUACACAUCUAGUAGUGAUGAAAGUUAUAGAAAAACAGAAAAAUGUCGUGAUAAAAAAAAAAACUAUGGAAGAAGCGGAAGUAAUAUAAUGGAUAAUGAUAGCGAUAAAAAUAUUGAAGGUAAGCCUUCAAAUGAAAAUAAGGCAAAAGAGAAACUAAACAAAAAUAAAGAGAUGGAAAAAAAAUGUGAACAGAAAAGUGCAGAAAGUGAACAAGAAAUGAAGAGCGAAAUGAAGAGCGAAAUGAAGAGCGAAGUUAAGGACGAAGUUAAGGGCGACGUUAAGAGCGAAGUCAAGGACGAAAUUAAGAGCGAAGUCAAGGACAAAAUGAAGAACGAAGUUAAGGACGAAGUUAAGAGCGCCGCGAAACCGGUAGCCGAGACGAAAAGUCUGAGCAGAUUAGAAAGGUUAAAAUUAUUUGCCCAAAAACUAAAAUGGGGAAGUAGUGGAAAUGUAAAAAAAGGGACAAAAUUUACACUUAAUGCUCCAAAAAUAAAAGGAGUGAAUAAACAGGUAAACUUAGAUAUAUUCAUGGAGAAUGAUAUCGAAGAAGAGGAGGAAAAGGAUGAAAAGGAUGAAAAAGAAAAAAACUUAGUAGAUGCAUACAUUGAAAAGGAAGCCGAAAUGACAAACGAUGUGUUGAAAGACAUAAAGGAAGAGAUAGAAGAAAAUGUAGAUGAUCCACUGGAAAUAUUUAUGAAAAAUAUAGAAAAAGAAAACUUAGAAAAUCAAGAAAUAUAUACAAAUAAGACAAUAACUCUUGAUGAAAUUUAUAGCUAUGAUAUGAACAAACAUAAAUAUGAAGAUACAAUUUAUGUACAGGCUGAAAACGAAGAAAUAAAAGAAGGGAACAUGAAUAAAGAAAAGGAAAACGAAACAAAGAACACAAGUUCUCAAAUUAAUAAAUUUAAAUUAGAAAAUAAUAAAGAAGGAAACGAAGAGGAUGGUGAAAUGGAUGACAAUGUGAAUGAAAAUGAGGAGGAAGAUUUUUACAAAAUUUUUAUUGAAACACUCAAAAAAAAAACAGAAGAAGAUAAAAAAAAAAAAGAAGAAGAAGAAGAAAAGGAAAGAAUAAAAAAUGAAGAAAAAGAACAAAAUGAAUUGGAUGAUUCUUCUAUAAAUUUAAGUGAAGAUAGUGAAUAUAAUUGCGAAACAAAUACUUUAAAAAAAAAAAUUAACAAAAAAUUUCUACAAGUAAAUCAUGAUGAAAUCGAUUAUUUACCUAUUAAGAAAAAUGUUUAUGUACAAGUUAGUGAAAUUACAAAUAUGUCAGAAAAAGAUGUUGAAAUGUUUAGAAAAAAUAAUGGGAAUAUAGUUGUAAGAGGAAAAAAUUGUCCCCGACCUAUUCAAUAUUUUUAUCAAUGUGGAUUACCUGGAAAAAUUUUAAAUAUAUUAGAAAAAAAAAAUUUUAAAAAAAUGUUUAGUAUACAGAUGCAAGCAAUACCUGCAUUAAUGUGUGGUCGAGAUAUAAUUGCAAUAGCAGAAACUGGAAGUGGAAAAACUAUAUCUUAUCUAUUUCCAUUAAUUAGGCAUGUGUUACAUCAAGACAAAUUAAGAAACAAUGAUGGACCCAUUGGAAUUAUACUUACCCCUACUAGGGAAUUAAGUAUUCAAGUUAAAAAUGAGGCAAAUAUAUAUUGUAAGGCUGUUGAUUUAAAAAUAUUAGCAGUUUAUGGUGGGUCCAAUAUUGGUGCACAAUUAAAUGUAUUAAAAAGAGGUGUCGAGAUAAUUGUCGGAACUCCUGGAAGAAUAAUUGAUAUAUUAACAAUAAGUAAUAGUAAAGUUACAAAUUUAAAUAGAGCAUCUUUUAUAGUUUUAGAUGAAGCAGAUAGAUUGUUAGAUCUCGGAUUUGAAUCACAAAUACAUAGUAUUUUAAAUAAUUGUAGAAAAGAUAAACAAACUGCUAUGAUAUCUGCAACAUUUCCUAAUUAUAUUCAAAAUUUAGCAAAAAAAUUAUUAUAUAAACCUAUAGAAAUAAUAGUAGGAGAAAAAGGAAAAACAAAUAAUAAUAUAUAUCAAUUUGUUGAAGUUUUAGAAGAAAAAAAAAAAUUAUUUCGUUUACUGAAAUUAUUAGGAGAGUGGAUUAAAUAUGGACUUAUUUUAAUAUUUGUUAAUAAACAGUUGGAAGCCGAUUUAUUAUAUCUAGAAUUAUUUAAAUAUGAAUAUAAAACAUUAGUGUUACAUGGUGGGCAAGAUCAAUCAGAUCGAGAGCAUACAUUAAAAAGCUUUAAAGAUGAACAAAAUAAAAUAUUAAUUGCAACAUCUGUUAUGGCUCGAGGAAUUGAUAUUAAAAAUAUUAUUUUAGUAAUUAACUAUGAAUGUCCAGAUCAUAUUGAAGAUUAUAUACAUAAAAUUGGAAGAACUGGUAGAUCGAAUAACAUAGGAUAUGCAUAUACUUUCAUUACCCCAAAUGAACACACAAAAGCUUAUGAUAUAUAUAAUUUAAUUAAAAAUAAUAUAUAUUAUAUAAACAAGACGAUAGAUAUUCCCAUUGAAUUAGAACAAAUGGUUAAUGAAUAUGUGAAUAGUAAAAUAGCAGAAAAAGAUAGAAAUAAAAUCAAUACAUCUAAUGGUGGUUCAAAUUCUACUAUUGUUAAUUCGAUAUCUUACCAUGUGGGUGAUAAGAAAAAGGGAUAUAAAGGAAAAGGGUUCAAAUUUACACCCAAUGAAAAAUCAAGAAUGCAAAUGGAUAAAGAUUUAGCAAAAAAAGAACUCGGGUUGAUAGAAGAGAAAAAUGAAGAUGAGGAUAAAGAAGGAGGAUAUACAUCAGAUAUGGAAAAUGAAGGAAAAAUAAAUUCGAAUAUAAUUAAUAAAACAGAGAAUGUUGGCCAAACCCACGAAGGAAAGAAAAUGAAAAAUGUACCAGGAAUAACUAAAGCACAAAAAAAUAAUGAAACAAUAAAUAUAUCACCACAAACAAAUCUUAAACAAAUCGAAUUAGAAAUUCAAAAAAUAAAAAUGGAUGAUACUAUGAAUUUAUCACUAAAAGCAAAAAAAAUAAAUGAACUAAUGAAAGCUCAUAAUUUUAUUGAAUUACAACAAAGUAGUUAUAAAACAGUGGAUAGUUCAAAUGAUGAAGAAAUUGAUAAAAUGGCAGAAAUGGAAAGUUUAAAAUUAACUGAGCAUAUUAAAGAUCCAAAAGAAAAACAAUUAAUGUUCCAAAAAACGAAAGAAGAUAUUAAAAAAAAACUAAUAAAUAGUAAAGCUCAGAUUGAAUCAAGAAAUGAAAGUAUACAAAGGAAUAUGCUUUUAAAUGUUAUAAGAACAAAAAAUAUGAAAAAAUAUUCUCCAUUUUUACCUCAUACAUAUGUAACUGAGGACAAUACUAUUUUAGAAGAAUUUUAUAUUAAUGAUUAUCCUCAGCAUGUGCGUUUAAAAAUAUCUAAUCGAGAUGUCUUGGCACGGAUACAGGAUAUGUCUGGAGCUAUGUGUCAAAUUAAAGGACAAUAUUCUAACCCUUCACAACCAAAUAAAACUAACUUUAUAUUGGACCACAAAUUGUUACAUAUUGAAAUUACUGCCCCUACUUAUAAUCAGGUACAAAUUGCUCGAACAGAAUUAACUUCCCUUCUUAACAUGUUCAUGCAAAAAUGCAACCUAAAAAAUCAAAAGCCAAGUGCAGGGGGAUAUGCCACAUUUCGGUGA